AUGGUCGACUCAACACACAUUGAGAGCCUGUUAAAAAGGCCUCUCUAUGUCUAUGACCUUCCCCCAGAGCUUCUUGCGACUUUAACUACGAAAGCCGAACACCAACCUAUCGAUAACCCCACCCCCGACGACCCCGUGAGAAAUACCGACGUCUCGGCUCAGGACCUUUCCAUCGCAACUUCCUCAUCAUGUACUCUCUGCAAAGUCUCCUAUGCCAAUGUCGAGGAACAGCGCAGCCACGUGCGCUCCGACCACCACCGCUUCAACAUCAAAGCGCAACUGCGUGGCAAUGCCCCUCUUGACGAGAUUCAGUUUGCGAAGGCAGUCGGCGAUCUUGACGAAUCAAUCUCGGGCUCAGAAUCCUCGGAGUCGGAGUCGGACGAAGCCGAUGGCAGCGCCGACACGACACUCACGGCCUUGCUCAAAAAGCAAGCCAAGCUUUCAGGGAAUAAUGAGGAGGAGGAAGAAGUCGUGAAAAAGGGAGAAGCAAAGAAUGCCUUGUUCUGGCUAUCGAGCUCCGGUUUACCGUCAAAUAAAUCGCUAGGUGUUUAUCGGGCCAUUUUCUCAGCGACCGAGCAGGAUGAGCCGGGUCACUUGGUGGACACAAUACGGAAAAAACAACUGGCACCAGUGAAAGCGCGUACCAAUAACGCACAAGCCCAGGACCCCACCGCAUCUGGUCCUCAUAUAUUCAUGUGUAUGAUCGGAGGUGGUCACUUUGCAGCUAUGUUGGUGUCACUAGCACCCGAAAUUCAUCGCAAGCAGGGUGGUGUCGAGGAACGACAGGCGCGCGUCAUUGCGCAUAAGACGUUCCAUCGUUAUACUACUCGGAGAAAGCAAGGUGGAUCUCAGGGUGCAAGCGAUGCCGCUCGAGGUGCAGCGCAGUCGGCUGGUUCUACCCUGCGACGCUACAACGAGGCCGCUCUGGAGAAAGACAUCCGAGAUCUGCUAUCUGACUGGCGGAAAAUGAUUGAUACCGCUGAGCUGUUAUUUAUUCGCGCAACUGGAAGGACGAAUCGAAAGAUUAUUUACGACAAGCACGAUGGUCAGGUUCUCAAGCAGAACGAUCCUCGCAUUCGAGGAUUUCCUUUCAACACGCGCCGGGCGACUCAAGGAGAGCUCAUGCGAUCCUUCAAAGAAUUGACCAGAAUAAAGAUCAGCGAGAUUGAUGAAGCUGCAUUGGCAGCGGCAGCAGCGGCAGCAAAGCAGAAAGAGGAGGCUAAGCAAUCGACACCGCGUCCGCAGCCUCCGAAGCCCAAGCCCAAGCUGUCAAAAGAAGAGGAAGCCGCACUGUUGCAUACAUCGCAGCUGCAAGCCCUCAUCCGACGAUCAAAGAUCCCUGCUCUGAUGUCAUAUAUCUCUACUAACUCCAUCCCCUCGUCAUUCGUGUUCCAACCUGCCGACUCCCCACAAAAUUUCCGUUGCCCUAUGCCUAUCCACUUUGCCGCAAAUCUCAACUCACCAGCUGUUGUGAAUGCACUCCUCACCAAGGCACAGGCAGACCCUACUGUUGUCAAUAACGAGGGCAGGACGCCGUUUGAGCUUGCAGGCGACCGGGCCACCCGUGAUGCCUUCCGCAUUGCACGCCAUGAGCUAGGCGAAUCGAAGUGGGAUUGGACGGCCGCCAAGGUUCCAGCCGCCGUAUCAAAGGCAGAUGCUGAGUCUCGAGCUGAGCGGGAGCGGACCGCUGCCGAUGAGGAGGAGAACAACCGUCGCAAGGCUGGAUUGGAGCGGUUGCAGAAGGAGGAUGCCGAAAGAGCUGAAAGAGCUGCACAGCAGUCACACAAACCUGGUGGACGCACCCUUGGCGCUGUUGAGAAAUCAGCGGCCGAAAAACGAGACGAUGAGACACGAGGAAUGACUCCUGAAAUGAAGAUGCGAUUGGAACGAGAGCGACGGGCGAGAGCGGCAGAGGAGCGAUUCCAGCGAAUGCAGGGCAAAUGA